AUGUCUCCAACGAUCAGCUGACCCUGUGAGAUGCUUUGCUGUCGAAGGAUCUUUUAAGCCGAAAACCUGUCAAUAUAUCCGCGCAAUGCACGAGAAGACGGUUCAGAUUAAUUAAAACAAUCGACACGGAUUAAACACUGAAACUACUCUAUUUAGGCUUUUCCAGUGCAUAGACUUCUAAACCACUACCAUGACUGAAUUCUGGUUGAUCUCAGCACCAGGGGAGAAAACAUGCCAACAGACCUGGGACAAGCUGAUGAUGGCUACCACUCGCACAAACAACCUGUCAACCAACAACAAGUUUAACAUCCCGGACCUGAAGGUGGGAACAUUAGAUGUCUUGGUUGGUUUGUCAGAUGAACUAGCUAAAUUGGAUACCUUUGUAGAAAGUGUGGUGAAGAAGGUGGCCCAGUACAUGGCAGAUGUUCUGGAGGACAGCAGGGACAAAGUUCAAGAAAACCUAUUGGCUAAUGGAGUUGAUUUGGUAACUUACAUCACAAGAUUUCAGUGGGACAUGGCCAAAUAUCCCAUCAAACAAUCUCUGAAGAACAUAUCAGAAAUCAUCUCCAAGCAAGCAAUGCAAAUUGACAAUGACCUAAAGGCUCGAGCUUCAGCUUACAACAACCUGAAAGGAAAUUUGCAGAAUUUAGAGAGAAAAAAUGCCGGGAGCUUGUUGACCAGGAGUUUGGCUGACAUAGUGAAGAAAGAGGACUUUGUAUUGGACUCCGAGUACCUGAUUACUAUGCUGGUUGUCGUCCCUAAAACUGGUUAUGCUGAGUGGCAGAAGACUUACGAAACUCUGUCAGAAAUGGUGGUACCCCGUUCAACAAAGCUGCUGUUUGAGGACAAUGAGAGUGGUCUGUUCAGUGUUACUCUGUUCAGAAAAGCCAUUGAUGACUUCAAACACAAAGCCAGAGAAAACAAGUUUACUGUGCGUGAUUUCCAGUACAAUGAGGAGGAAAUGAAGGCAGACAAAGAGGAGAUGACGCGACUGUCCACCGACAAGAAGAAACAGUUUGGACCAUUGGUACGAUGGCUCAAAGUGAAUUUCAGUGAAGCGUUCAUUGCAUGGAUUCACAUAAAAGCCCUUCGCGUGUUUGUGGAAUCAGUGCUAAGAUAUGGGCUGCCUGUGAAUUUCCAGGCUAUGUUGCUUCAACCAAACAAGAAGAACAUGAAGAAGUUGAGAGAGGUCCUGUAUGACCUGUACAAACAUUUGGACAGCAGUGCUGCAAUCAUUGAUGCCUCUAUGGACAUCCCAGGGCUAAACUUGAGCCAACAGGAGUAUUAUCCUUAUGUUUACUACAAGAUAGACUGCAACUUGCUGGACUUCAAAGUUUAGCUACAUUACAUUGCCAUCUUUUACUGAGUUUUAUGUGACAGUUACAUGUAUAUCUGCGCUUUUUAAAACACUUUUCGUUCCUGAUAUUUCUUAUUUUAUUGUCUUACAUUUUGGGACAAAACCAACAUUUUUGUUUGAAUGUUUUGACCUGAGCCUGACUGAGAAAUGUCCUCCCACUUCACAAAUGUUUUGUACAUUCCCUGUAUUAAAGUUGAGAAUUGUGCAUUAUUAUGCAAGUACUUUAUUCAAAGUGGCAAUUUGCUUUCUAUGCUGUAAGGAUGGAGAAACUACACGAUGAUGCAUAUUUUAUUUAUUUAAUUAUUCUAAAUGGGUGUGUGUUUUUAUUUGUUGUAUUUGAGCUCUAUGUAAAGACUUUCUGUUUGCUAGUGUUGGCAUUUUUGACAUUCUAUUUAAGCCUGUAAAAAUAAAAAAAUAAAUGUUUGCUUUAAUAGGCCCUAAUAUAAACAAAAGAAUAAUGCUUGGUGGUUGUAAACUUUUAUUAUUUAUGUAUAUUGAGCUACAAAAGCCCACUGUCUCACAGUAUCUGAAAUUGUAUUUAAAACUGAUAUAAUACAGUAUUAAUAAAUAUUGUAUGUGGAUAA